UAUUGAGUGAAGUACAAUCCCAGAUGACUCCUUCAAGGCAAGAAUCUGUGUACACACAAUUCAUCAAGAUUUACCUGAACAGAAGAGAGACUGCAGCAACAUUACCAAAGUGCUAUGACAGCAACAACCCAGAACUGAACUCCACAGCUUGGUUUACAGAGUACAUCGGUUCUUUCAUAACUUUCCUCACUGUCGUGGAUCUUCAGUCAUUUGGAUCUCAACAGUACUUGCAGCUGUUCACAGUGAAUCCUCAGAAUAUUUUCCUUAUUAAGAAGUACAGGGUGGAUCUGACAUUAAUCAUCUACUACAUUCAGUUAGUUUAUCAACAAGACAUCAACUUCAGUCCACUUGGCCUUCCUCCAUCGGGUCAGUGCUUUGCUCCUGGUCGGGUGUUCACUCAGUUGACUGCACAAGAAACUUUGACAGUUUUGGGAAAUGUCAACAGUAUCUGUACAGACCUAGAUCCACAGAUUGCUGCUGCUUUGGCAAAUAAUUUUGGUGAGAAAAUUGAUGCCCAAGUCAUUUCCGCCCUUGGUAAUGAAAGCAGCAGCUUGUCCAUAAGCCAGAUAAAGUCUUUGAAGCCUUCAGACUUGGUGGAUUCUCUCAACACUCUCAGCAAUGUGAUUGGAUGGAGAAAAGGACAGGCCAAAGCCAUCGUCCAGUCUUUGCUGUCUUCAGGAUUUUUACAGAUCAACAGCUCAGCCUUCUUGCUAAACCUGGGCUCCCUCAUCCCUGGUGUACCAUCAACUGUGUUCAGCAGCAUCAGCGGCUCUGAUCUUGUCACUGUAUCCAGAAACCCUUCAUUCUUGUACUACAUACUGUCUGCUCCACGGAUUGUCCAGCUGUCUUUUGUGAUAAGGGUAAGACAACCUUAGCGCUGAUCAAGGAUUUCAGAUGUAAACUAUAGUCAUUCCAGCAUUAUGCUAGUUGGCCCUAGAUGUCAUUUGUAUAUUUUUAAGUCUGACUUCAAU